ACAAGAUGUUUCAAGAUGCCGUCUUUUGACUUCCUGGAUAAGGUGGAACUUUUUGUGCGGACUGGAGUGCAUUCUCUAGAUGCAUCAAAAAGUUCAAAGAACCAAACCAGAGCAGCCAGCAAGCACUUUACCUACAAAGAUGGCUGUCUGUGGCGAACUUAUCGAGGCCGCCUCCUCAGGGUUGUCAGGAGCGACAAGGAAGUGCGGGAGAUCCUGACCCGAUACCAUGACAACAACAACCACGCCGGCCGGGUUCGGGCGGUAAAGGAGAUAAUGUUGAUGUAUUACUGGGUUGGAGUGACGGAGGCGGUGAAGAACUGGAUCAAAGCUUGCUCUGUUUGUCAGAGUCGAAGUCCCAGCGAACCACCUGGUCCACCUGUCCAGUUCUGCCUGGCCUAUGGCUGCGACACCUCCAGCUACAGUUACCCUGAGCUCGGCUUCCACAGGUUCCCAAAGGAGACCGAGCAGCGGCGGAGGUGGCUGGCGGUGGCUCAGAGGGACGAAGGCUCGCUGCGCUCCAAUUCCUGCCUCUGCUCCCGCCACUUUGAGUCGUCCUGCUUUACGCUGAGUGAUGAUGGUCAGCUGACUCUGUCACCGGACGCCGUACCAAGCAUUAUUCCUGUGACAGCACGAGAAGAUGAGGUUCCUGUCCCUUCAGAUGAGGACUUACUUCACUCUAACUGCCUGGAAGACCUCAUCUGUACAGCUGCUACUGCAGAAACCACAGCCCGCUCUGAACCGGCUUUUGAUCACUCUGAGAUACCUGUGCAGCUGCAGGAACACCAGUACUGCCUCUCGGCUCCGGAUUCAGACUCCGGGGUGGUCCAGGCAGUGAGGGAGGACAAGAGGAGGAAGACCAUCAUCGAGCCAAGCUUCACGGCCUACAACCAGAUCGCCAGGUAUCUGAGCCACAGGGUUUUACCGAUGCAAAGCAAGAAAAGCAGAGGUGCUCUAAAGAGGAUGGCCAAGCGCUUUGGUUUGAUAGAUGGAGUGCUGGUGUACACACGAGUCUCUCCACCUCUCAGAGUGCCGCGCAGCAGAGAGGAGGUGAACUCGAUCCUGCAGCAGUUCCAUGAUAACCAGGGUCACUACGGCCAGGGAAUCUGCCAGCGAGAGAUCACAAAGCAUUUCUACUGGAGCACCAUGACCCGGGACCUGGCCCGCUGGAUCUCCAGCUGCCACACCUGCCUCAACAGAACCAAGAGGAAGUGGCUCCGCUGCAGCGUCUACAACUGCAACAACUGCUGCGGGCCGGUGGAGCGUGGCCUGGGCCUCACCUUCCACAAGUUUCCUCUUGACAACGCGGCCCUGUUGGCUCGGUGGUUGAAGGCUGUUGGCCGACCUUACUGGCAUCCUCGGCUCCGCUCAUCCAUUUGUUCCACCCAUUUCACUGAGGAGUGCUUCGACCGCAGCGGAGAGAAAGUCUCCCUCCAUCCAGACGCUGUGCCCACACUGUUGGUCCACAGCGACUCGGCGGCCUAUUUUGCAAAGUACAACGCUGUGGAGCUCUACCUCCGAAAACGCACUUACCCUCAUGGCCUGAGCUACGUCGAGAAAAACACCUUCAGGAGGUUCUGCAAGAAGUUCGCCAUCAAAGAUGAUGAGCUCCACAUAGUGAAGGGAGAUCAGAUGCGUUUGGUUCUGAGGAGCCGACAGCAGGUUGAAGUCGCCCUCAUGGACUAUCACAAUGAGCUCAACCACCUGGACGUCAACAAAUGUCUCCGACUGCUCAAUGACAGGUACUUCUGGAAAACCAUGAGACCUGACGUGGUGCAGUGGAUCGACAGCUGCUCCCAGUGCAACAGGAAGAAGAGGAAGAAACCAGCAAACCAGACGGAAGCAGGAGGAUCAGAGUCGCUGCUGCAGGCGCUGCGAUCACCACAGAUACAUGACGGGUUAGACAGUGGGAAGGAUGAUGAUGUUGACGAGGAUGAUGAUGAUGAUGAUGGUGGUGCUGGGAGUGUUGGGGAGCCAGUAACGGGUUCAGAGGACAGAGCGGUAGCACUUGUUUUAAUCAUUGUUUUGGAUCAUUGUUUUGGUCCUCAACCAGAGGAACGGACUCAACCUGGAGACCAGGAGGAAGCAAGUGACUGUCAGAGCAGCACCAGAACAAGUCACUACGUCUUAGUCCAGGGUGAAAACAGACCCCUCAGAGGGCCACAUCCUCCACAUGACCUCCCCACAAGGUCCCAACUUCCACAACCCACAAGCAAACAAGUUCAGCCUCCAAAUCCAAACAGGGGACUAAAGACCCCGUCCAGACCUCAACCCAGAGACCGUGGCAGCGUCCAGCGCCCGGUGAAGAGGAGCCGAGACCUGGAGGCAGGCUCUUCGGCUAAAAGGAGCUCCAGCUGUGGCCUGGAGCCCGUCGUGGCCCCGAGCACCAAACCCUGGCCCGUCUUCACCAUCGCCGGCUCUGCGCGGGUACACGCAGCCAAACCCCCUCCUGAGGUGGACAGCCCAGCCGUCUUUCGGAGGCCCAGGAGGCUCCAGGCUCGGACCAUCAUCCAGCAGUGCAGUCGGGCCAAGGUUAAGAUCAAACCAGCCCUGGACGGGGCUGACGCUCAGUGGGCUGAGAUCCAGGAGGGAAUGGUUGUGUACGUGUGCUUUUUCCACGGAGCCACUGAAGACGUCACUCAUGAAAUGGCCAACAGCCUGAUGACCACUAAACUUUUCCGAAAAGCCACCGGGUGCUCAGUGUCCGUUCUCGACCUUCCCGGGAACGUUUUAUUUAUCCCCCAGGACUCUCUGCUCGGAGAGCCGGUGCCUAAGAGGAGGGUGCAGUAUAAAGGCGGGUGUGAGCCAUGGUGGGGCGCUCAGCUCCUCUCAAACCUGGUGUUCACCUGCAGAGAGCUCGUGGCGGGCUCCGUGAAGUGUGCGAAGGCGGACGUGAAGGUGGAGCAGGGAGUCUACGGCCAGAAACAAGAGAUCGUCCUGAACUGUGUGGAGCCGAUGACGCUCCUGCUGGAGUUCUGAGGUUCACCUGAUCACCAGGGUGGGAUGUGGGACGUCCACUGAAUCUGAAUCUGCUGUAAGUGAGUCCAGUCUUGUCAUGAGAACACUUAACCUGUUUUCACUACAAUUUCUACAACUGCUUGUCAAGCCUUUUUCCGUCAGAAGGUUCUCGAGCUAAUAGGUUUUAUAGAUCUGCAGAUAGAUCAGUUAAUUAAAGGGAAACUAGUCGAUUGUAACUUUUUUUUAACAAAAGAAAUCCAGGAACUAAAGGAACCAGAGGAACUAAACAUCUGUAACUAUGUUUACAUGCAGGCUGUUUAAAAAUGUCUCCACACAAAA